CGUCAUUGCAAGUACUUAGGAAAAUCUGUUGUAGCGAAAGAAAACUAGAACAACCUCCAAACAAGAAGAUAUACAGAACGUGAACGAUCUCUACAUCAGAAAGAGCUACAUCUGCAUCGUGCUCGGUUCGUGAUUCGUACCCGCGGGAAAGACCCAUGCAUACUCGUCAUUCGUCUCUAAGUAUUUGGUAGCUCCUAGUCGCUUCAAGCGAAUCUGCUUCGCAUUUCAACGCAAAAAUGGCUGAUCUCGACAGAGAACCAGGCGCCGUUCGCGUUCGGUCGUCGGUCGAGGAGGCUGUGCUGUUGGAGUUGGAGCGCGAGGCUCGGCGAGAUGCGGAAACGGACGCGGCCCGCGCUUCAACCUCUGACGAGACAUCUGAGUUCUGGCUUGACGAAAACCCGAUUUUUCGCCUUUCUCUAGACCAGGGACAGGAUACCGAGAAGACUCCUGCCACGACGCACGAACGCGAUCACGAAAACGCUGCUGCUACAUCCAUCGUAGUCGUUCGGGCACCCGCUAGUUUAGGUGGCGCGCCUGUCUGCCCGGCGUCCCCGUCGAGGGCGAAGGAAGAUGAACACGGUGCUGCGGAAUCAACAUCAUUGGAAGAGCUAGAACUUUGCAGCAACGACGAGGAUGACAAGCCCCUUGCCCGGCGUGAGCCUUCUUUCACAAAAUUCGAAAUCACCUUCAUUCAGGCAUCCGGGCGAGAGAUCACGCUGCCGAUUGUGAUUCCGGGGGACGAGGUGCUAAAAACGCCUCCCAAUGGGCCAGAUUCCGCACCGAUAGCAGGAAAUGACACCGGCCAGAAGGACGAAAGCGCGGUGGCGGAAGUGGCGAAAAAACGUCAUACGACAGCCGAGGUUGAUGAAGAUGGAGAUGCUGACGCUUCUCAGGAGGCUAAGGGAAAACAAGAUCGCGGACGAAGCCGAGAUACUCGUCGAUACUCGCUCGCAGACGAAUCCUUGGACGAGGAGGUCAACCGGUUCAUCUCCCAUGUUGAUUCUCUGCCAUCCUCAGCAUCCUCGGAUGAACCGGAGGACGAGGAGGAGGACUCAGCCGACGAUGACUCAGCAGGCGAGGGCUCAGCCGACGAGGACUCAGCCGACGAGGACUCAGCCGACGAGGACUCAGCGGGCGAGGACUCAGCCGACGAGGACUCAGCCGACGAGGAGUCAGCCGACGAGGACUCAUCCGACGAAGACGAGCUGCCACCGAUUACUAGGGACGUCACUUGUCUGUCGUUCGAUCCGGGGACCCGGACGAUAUCGGUCGAAGAUGCUCGCUUGGUCUUCGCGCAAGCUCUCUCAGACCCGCAGAGUUUGUUUUACAACCACGAGGACGGCUCUUGUGAGACUCCGCCGGCGCUGAUGUGGCCUGAGCCAGACCGUUUUGCGAGGUGGUUGCAAAAGAGGGUGGGCGUUGUCUGGCGGAUGCCGGCCAAACUCGUGCGCCUGGGAGCGGAGAACGCCGAGGAUGUGAUGCGGUUCGAAGAUAUGAAUCGGGAAUUAAUAUCAGAAGGCGAGGCAGCAAGACAGUGUGGGAAAAAUGGCGCCUCUUCUCCCGCUGGAGCGGAAGGCGAAGAUGGAGUCGAAGAUGCUGGUGCUUCGACUUCGUCUAUGUUGGAUUUGCAAGACGCUGCUGUCCGUGUAGAACUUGGUGCUCGCUUGCGGGUUUUCCUUCCAUCCUGCAGCACUGUUUUGCCGGAACUACAUGCGAAACGAUGUGAGUUCUUUCGAAAUAGAGACGAAACCAUUUUUUACGAGGCGGAGUUUUGGGACGAGGCGCUUACCCGCCGACUCUAUUUUAACGAAGAACUUGGUCGUUGUGGGUCGGGUUGUGGCCAACGCGAUGAGCUCAACUACAUCGAGGAAACCGCGAUCAAUCUUCACGAGCGCGAGGCCAGAGAAUAUGCCCAUUCCGUGUUCGUCCCGAACGAAACGGCAACCGAAGAACGCAAUUUGGACUUGCGUGACGAACACGUGUACCAGUACAUGGUGGACCACUAUACCAUCGAUGGAAACAAGGCGCGGGAGCAUUUGGGUUCCAACACGUGGCUGACGCAAGACGGCCCCGAGCUUUGCGCAAUUUUUUUCAUGGGGCCCACAGUUUACGAGGAGUUGUGCACGUUGGGUGACUUUGCGGAGUUACUGGACGACAUAGUCGCUACUGACGACCUUGAUGAAAUGGGUUUAGCGCGGGAGGCUAUUCAUUAUUACGACGAGCUCGAUCCUGACGGCUACCCAUCUGACUCAGAAUAUUCAAAUGAGAUAACCGACCGGUAUAAUCAAACAAAGUUCUACUUCUAAAUCCAUACGAGGCUCGAGCGCGGAUAUUUCUCAUACAAGUGAAGAUGACGCUCGAAUACCUUUGUGAGUGAGAAGACCAAGAUCAAAUUGUAUACAUGAUCCGACAUAUUAACUCACAGGAAAGGGAAACCCCAACCAGAAAUACAGAUGACUUUCUUCCAGUCGCGGUCUCAUUAAUUUUCGGUCGCAAAGAG